AUGCUCACGAGUGUCCCACACGAACGCGCAACCAAGCGCCGCUGUGGUGUCUCCGUCCACAAAACGCACAUCAUCAGAUGCAAAAUCUCACACCGUCGUCUGUUUCCGGAGAAGCACCGUUUUGCCUACCCGUACCUGUCGGUGGGCAUCCCCGUGCGGUCUCCCACGUCAAACUGGCUGCUCUCCGUCGACGCGGCGCCAUGGUGGGAAAGGGGCUGGCUUCACGUCUCCCCCAAGGACCAUUUGAACCGUGGACGGGACGGGGCUACCCUCUCUGAAAACAUCGACGCAUACCUCAAGCUGCAGCAGGGCCUCAACCCAGCCGACUUUCCCCAUGUGUACCUCCUCACUUCGCCUCGCUUCCUCAAUUACACGUUCAACCCGGCCUCUUUCUGGUAUCUCUACACGUCAGUCAUGGAGCUCAAGUACGUCAUUGCAGAGGUGAACAACACGUUUGACGAGCGGCGCAUGUAUUUAUUUCCGGCCUCGGGCGGCCCGGGUAUAUUCAGGCAGAGGCUUGACAAGGACUUCCACGUGUCUCCAUUUAAUUCCAGAAAAGGGACCUACACGCUCUCCACCUUGGAUCCCGCCGACGGGAGGGACAUCUCGGUAGCAAUCACGCUGCGCUCCUCCAAGGGUCGGCCCAAAAUGACAGCUCGCUGGUGGUCAGACGAGCCCGCGAUAGAUCCAUUGACGAUAUCGACCGUCCAGGCGCUAUGGCUCCUUCUGUGUUGGGGCUCAAGAAUCUUCACAACAUUCCCGAAAAUCCUGUUCCACGCAAUUUUGCUGGCUCAGCUUCACCGGCUGCACAUUUGGUAUCGUCCAGAACCGCGUCAAUCCGCCCUACCGCGGCGGGCAACUGCCACGGAAAGCUUUGUGCAGUCCAUCUUUGUUCAAUAUGUAGAAUACCUCGUAAAUACGGCGCAUGACGAACAGGGGACGUCGGCGCGUUCCCCUUCGCAGGUGAGCGUGGAGGAAGCGUGCCCCGACAGCUACAGUCUUUUGGGGCUGCGUAUUACCCAGCAGCCUACCCAGGAUGUGAUUAGUCUGAGGAUUCACACUCCGCAGUUCUAUCGCCAGUUGAUCACGUACGAGAAGCUAUCUGACUAUCUGUCUUACACUCUGCUUGACCCGUACGAGGAAAAUCACACUGCCUGGUCCAACGACGCCAAGGGUCUCAUUGAUACAGUACGGAGCUGCGAAUUGGCCGCAGAUAAGCAGCUUCUUCGACACGGGCCGCAUAUUCAGCAGCGUCUCCUCGUCAAGAUACUACUCGCCACAUCCAGACGUGUGCGAUGCGUUCAGCCGCGGCAGGGAUGCUAUCCUGGCGGUGGCCUUCCGAGUGCUCGGGGGAAUGCCAGCAACGUUCGCAGCAAUUCAAGGGCCUCCUCGAGCGCACAAGGCAGGCCUCGCUUCCUAGAUGAGUUUGUUGGCGAUAACUACGGUCCUUGGCUGCAAGUACAAUACGUGCUGGCAACUGUGAGUCUCGAGUGGAGGGCAUGGGCCAUGAGUCUGAUUGGGGGCGAAUGA